AUGCCCGAAGACUGUAUCUUCUGCAAGAUAAGGGACGGCGAAAUCCCCAGCGAAAAGUUGCACAGCGACGUCGACUGCUUCGUCAUACGCGACAUUAACCCGGCAGCACCCACGCAUCUGCUGAUAAUCCCCACGCGGCAUUUCGCUACGCUAUCCGAGCUUGCGGACGAACACGCGGGGAUUUACGCGAGCAUGUUCGUAGUGGCGCGGGCGAUGGCGGAGCGCGAGGGAGUCGCGGAUAGUGGAUAUCGCCUGAUAAUUAACCAGGGGAGCGAUGGAGGCCAGGAGGUGAUGCACUUUGCACAUGCAUCUUCUAGGCGGACGGCAAUUGGGAGUGAUGGGUUAAAAAGGUCGCCCCUGUUAGGUGAGUCUUCCGCCCUACACUUUCUUCGGCAACCUCAGAAUGGUAUGGCCUCCCCUCACCAAAGGGGAGGCAACUUUGUGCUCUAUGCGUCAAGGACUAGACAGGCAUAG